AUGGAUCCUCGGGAAAUUGUGACUGUGGACGAGGCGAUGGCACGGACUGUAUGGAGUAGACGGGCGGCUGCGAGAAAAGCUGCUGGUUUUGCUUCUGCUUCUGCUACUGCUUCUGCUGCUGCUGCUGCUGCUGUUGCUGUUGCUGGUGGUUCUGGUGCAAGAGCUAUUGGUGCUGGUGAUGGGGUUGGUGCUGUCGUUGCUACUGGCGCUUCAGAUUCUGCGGAUCAGCAGCUUCCAAUCAAGUACCAUGGCGGGAAGCUCAUGACUCGGCCAAUCACGGUCCCGCUCACAGUUGUUGCUGCUCAGCUGGCCAACCGAACCUUCCCCCGAUCCUCUCGAGCCCAGUACCUCGUCCUCUCCAGCGCGGACGUCAGGUUCGGAUCCUCUCGACCCAACUCCGGCUUCUGCCGAACCUACUGCGGGUGGCACUCGUACGCGGAAGUCUCCCGGAAGAUUCUCAAAUUCGCAUUCGUGGGGAACGCGGAGGAGCAGUGUCCCAGUGGGUGCAGGAGAGGGUUUGGGAUGCGGGGGAGUGCGAAUGGGUGGAGAGGGGUGGACGGCAUGGUGAGCAUUGUGGGGCAUGAGAUUGCAGAAGCGGCCACGAAUCCUGUGUUCACCCGAGGGUGGUUUGAUGACGAAGGGCAGGAGAAUGCUGACAAGUGCCAGGUUGACUUCGGCCCUUCCAGCAGCAUAAGGACAGUGGGGGACAGGUAUGCCUACAACAUGGUGGGGCAGGGCGGCAUGCGCUGGCUUAUCCAGUCAAACUGGCGGCCGGGCGGCGAGGACGCAGGGUGCGUGUUGCAGGGUCCGAGUGAGAGCGAGGUGGCGGAGUGGGCGAGGGAAGAGAGAGCGAGAAACAACAGGAAACGGGGGAGGAGGAAGAGGAAGAGGGUGAGCGUGCGUGGGUCCUUAGCAGGGAGUCCAGAUACGGUGUAUGUGAGCAGAGCUGGGUUAUUGAGUGGAGUGGACGACAGGCCUGGCCCUGAGAAGUCAGUUAAGUCUGCUGCUUUGGGUGCGAGGGUUGGGAGAGAGGACAGCAGCAGCACCAUGCACAGUUCUCUUGAGUUAACCCAGACAUCACUUGUGAUUCAAGGGGGAGGCGGGGAGGGAAACGGGUAUGAAGGGUCAGGUGCGGACGGAGUAGAUGGCAGGAGCAGUGGCGGAGACGGCAGCAGCAUCAGCAGAGGGUGGCACAGGUAUCCAUGGCACCAGCAGCAUCACCAAGAACCAGGAGGGCAGAGUAUUGGUUAA